AUGGAGGAUUGGGAGCUGCUCCCCGACAACCUCCCCCGCGAGUCGUACUUCAACCCCACCGGGUUGUUCGAGCCCAACUACUUCACCCCGCACGAAUCGACUCAAACUGACACGACAGAAGAGAUCGUCGAGGAAAAGAUCGAGCCACCGAUUGCCAUUGCGGGCGGCGACGUUAUAUUCGACGUAGUCUUCGAGCAAAAGGACGAAGAUGCCGUCUACUCUGGUGAUUCCGAUGAAUGUGAUUCAUCCGAGAGCUUAUCAUUCGCGGAGGACAACAGCGUCGAGGAGGAGAUGAGACCGACCGCUUCCGCAUUUGCGAAAGCGCAGAGUUGGGUGUUAAGGGGAGCCGGCGCGCUUUGUUCUUUCGGAAUUGCUGCGGCCACAUUGCUCGUUAUAAUGGAUGGGAAGCAUCAGAAAAGGCAGAUGCAGCAGAAGCUUUGUUUUGAGAUUCGCACUGAUGACAAAAAGAAGAUUAACAAACUGAUUGAAGAGAAGGCAAAGAGUGGCGAUGGUACAUACAGAGCAGAAAUAAAGUUCGGCGGUGUCUAAAUAAGAAGAUGGUUCCUCGAUGCAGCGCUCUUUGAGAGAAUCUUUAUAGUUUGAUAUUACAUAUCAUGUACAGCCUCAAGUGCUUCGAGAGAAAUAUAUCUACUAUUCUCUCUCUCUUGUAGAAGUGCUUUUCCUACAAAUUGAUGGUUCGAAAAAGCCGAAUUUCAUGUAUGUUAUUAUGCUGUUAUUGUUUGCGGUUUAAAAGACGAGAAUUAACAAAUUUGAAAU